AUUAACGAAUGACUUCACUUUUAUUCUUGUAGGGUAACUUCCUGUGUAGACAACAUGCGCUCAUGCGCAGUGUUGUUCAAAAUGUCGACCUCGGUACUGAACGCCGUUGUAUUUUACAUGUAGCGUAAUGACUCAGACUACAAGCCGUUGUAUUUUACAUGGAGCGCAAUGAUUCAGACUACAAGACAAAUGUGGUAUUUCACGUAGUUAAAAGUCUUUUAGAAAACGAGUAAUAUCGUGGUUUGUGCAAACCGCUGCCAAUAUGGCGUCUCAGAACUCUAUAGGACCUGCUUUGCCCCCAAGCUUUAAAAAUGCUUCAGAUUCUGACGAUGAAAGUGACUUUACCGGUCCCGCUUUGCCUCCCGGUUACAAACGAGGUGAGCCGUCCAGCUCGUCGGAAGAAAGUGAAGUGGUCGUCAAAAGAGUCAAGACAGGACACUUCUCGGAAGACAAACAUGCAGUGAUAAAGAAGACAAAGGCUGACGAAGAUGACGGCUUCUUUGGACCAGCAUUACCUCCAGGUUUUAGCAAGAAACAGAGUUCACCGGAGAGGCCACCAGUGCUGGGCCCAGCUUUGCCUCCUGGGUUCCGCCAUGCAGUGUAUGAUGACAAUGAUGGAGAUGAAGAGGGUUUCCCAGGACCUGCCUUACCUCCAGGCUACAAUGCUGACUCCUUCAGCAGUGAGGAUGAGGAUAUUAUUGGACCCAUGCCAUCCAGCUGUCCAGUUCAAAAUACGGUGACUCUGGACAUUGAACGCAGGGCACGAAUGAUGAAAGACAAGCUGACUAAAGUUGAUGCACCUGAGGUCCAAACCCGAGAGACUUGGAUGACAGAACUUCCACCAGAACUACAACACAUUGGCUUGGGGGCUCGUACUUUCAAGAAGAGGUCAGGUCCGGAGAAGGGUGACCGCUCCAUUUGGACAGAUACACCUGCUGACACAGACCGCAAGUCCAGGGAGCGCCUCGAGAGAGAGAAAAAGGGUGAGACUGAGAAAGAUUCCGCCCCACAAAUUUCUCAAAAAGAUUUGGAAAUGGCAGACACGGUGUCGAAGUAUAAUAAAACUAAACGCUCAGAAUCUCUGAUGAGUCUGCAUACAAAGACCAUGAAGGAGAAGGCAAAGCAGCCGAGAGACGAGCCGGUGGAGAGAAGAGCAUUUGAUCGGGAAAAUGACCUGCAGGUCAACCGCUUCGAUGAUGCGCAGAAGCAGCGACUGCUGAAGAAAUCUCAGGAACUGAACACACGGUUCUCCCAUAGCAAUGACAAGAUGUUCCUGUAAGGCCAGUGUUUACAGUAAAAUGUCUACUAAAUAACGCAUACAGUGCCAUGAAAAAGUAUUGGCACCCUUCUCAAAUUCUUAAAUUUUUUGAUAGUUUCCCCACUUUAAUAUUAUCAGAUAAAUGUAAAUAUUAGACAAAUACAACCCAAGUGAACUUAAAAUGCUGUUUUUCAAUGAUUUCAUUUAUCGAAAAAAACUAAAAAAAUCAGCAAUGGUUUUCGCCUUGGAACUCUGCCAUGGAUGCCAUUUUUGCCCAGUCUCUUCAUUGUUAUGAACACUGACCUUAACUGAGGCAAGCCAGGCCUGCACUUAGAAGUUGUCCUGAGUUCCUUUGUGGUGUCCUGGAUGACUCAGGGCUAUUCUCUUGGGGUAUUCUUUGCUGGCCUGCCACUCCUGAGAAGGAGUUCCAUGUUUUCUCUGUGUGAGGCCCCAUCUACGGUUUACUGGAAUCCUAAAGCUUGACAAAUGGCUCUUGUAACACUUUCUGAUAGAUGUCAAUUACUUUAUUUCUCGACUGUUCUGGACAUUGUUUGGAGCAUUUCAUUUCGUUGCAGCGUUUUUAGAUCUUUUGGCCGACUUGAUUUUGUCGGGACAGAUUCUGUUUGAGUAACAGGUCUGGAGGUAAUCAGACUUGGCUGUGAUCAGUGAAAAUUGACCAAAAAUUGUGAUUAGCCACAAUUAAUUGAUGGUUUAACAAGGGGGUAAUUACUUUUUUCACACAGGGCCAGGUGACUUCAAAUAGUCCCCCCCCUCUUAAAUCACCAUUUUAAAAACAGCAUUUAAAGUCCACUUGGGUUAUAUUUUUCAGAUAUUUACAUUUGUUUGAUGAUCUUCAAUAUUAAAGUGGGGAAACUAUCCAAAAAGAUAAGAAAUAGAGAAGGGGACCAAUACUUUUUCACAGCACUCCAUAAAUGGACAAUUAUUUGGAAGAUGGGGCUGAGAGCAGAUGGAGUUUGCAUUGUUUAUUAGUAGUUUACUCUUGUUAGUUCAUGUACAAUGAUAUGAAUGUAAAUAAAACUUAUUUCUACUCUA